GCGCGCGCGCAGCUCCUAAAACCUUCAUCGAUCGUUUCAUGGUCAUUCUCCGAACCUCUUCUCUCUUCCUCGCUCUCCGAUGCUCUCCUCCUCCUUCUCUUCGCUCCUCUCCCUUCUCCCUAAACCCUAACCCUCUCUUCCACCGCCUUUCCUCCUCGUUCCGCUGUCAUCGUGCAAUGUCCGGCCAGCGUACUGUCGCCGAUGUCCUUAUGGGCGCCGCCCGCGCCGCUGCCAAGAAGAACACCAAGAAACCAUCCACCGCCACCACCACAACUUCCUCUGCCCCUGUCCCCUCCGAUCCCCAGCCUGAGGACGCUGCCCCACCUCCAAAGAAACCUAAAACCCUAGAUGGAACUGCACAUUCCGAUCCCGAGCCCAAGAACUCGAUUCUUGAGCUCAAGAAGAAAGGGCAUGAUUUCAACCCUAAGGCCGCUGCUUCGUGGAAGGACGGGGAACCUGUCCCUUUCCUCUUCCUCGCCCGCGCGCUUGACUUGAUCUCGAAUGAAUCGGGACGGAUCGCGAUCACCGAUAUUAUUUGCAAUGUUUUCCGGACUGUCAUUGCUACCACACCCGGCGAUCUCCUUCCAACUGUUUAUCUUUCGGCUAAUAAGAUUGCUCCGCCGCAUGAGGGUAUUGAGCUUGGGAUUGGGGACGCUUCGAUUGUCAGGGCACUUGCAGAGGCUUAUGGACGGAAGGAGGAGCAUGUGAAGAAGCAGCUCAAGGAGUUGGGUGACUUGGGCCUUGUUGCAAAGGCUAGCCGUUCAUCUCAGAUGACAAUGCGCAAGCCCCAGCCUUUGACGAUUGCCAGGGUCUUUGACACAUUCCGGGCCAUUGCAAAGGAAUCUGGAAAGGAUAGUCAGGACAAGAAAAGGACUCACAUAAAAGGACUUCUUGUUGCAGCAACUGAUUGUGAACCUCAGUAUAUAAUUCGUCUCCUGCAGUCAAAAAUGCGAAUAGGGUUGGCAGAGAAAACUGUUUUAGUAGCUCUUGGUCAAGCAGUUGUAUAUGCUGAAAAACCUAAAGUUGCUUCUGAGCAAGUUCAGUCUUCACUUGAAGAGGCUGGAAAGAUAAUCAAACAGGUGUAUUCAGUGCUUCCUGUGUAUGACAAAAUUGUUCCCUCUCUUCUUCAUGUUGGUGUGGGGAAACUUCAAGAAGUAUGUGAUUUUUCUUUGGGUGUGCCUGUUGGACCCAUGCUAGCUAAACCAACUAAGGCUGUCUCAGAGAUCCUUGACAAAUUCCAGGGCAUGGAAUUCACUUGUGAAUACAAAUAUGAUGGUGAACGUGCUCAGAUACAUUACAUGGAGGAUGGGUCAGUUGAGAUAUACAGUCGUAAUGCUGAGCGAAAUACUGGAAAGUACCCUGAUGUUGUUAAUUAUGUAUCAAGAUUCAAGAAGCCCUCAGUAAAAUCUUUUGUGCUGGAUUGUGAAAUUGUUGCUUAUGACCGUGAGAAAAUGAAAAUUUUGCCAUUCCAGGUCUUGAGCACUCGUGCUCGCAAAGGUGUCAUACUGAGUGACAUAAAGGUUGCAGUCUGUACUUAUGCCUUUGAUAUUUUGUAUAUUGAUGGCCAACCCCUCCUAAAGGAACAACUCAAAGUUCGGAGAGAGCAUCUUUAUAGGUCUUUCGAGGAAGUACCCGGAGAAUUUAAAUUUGCUACUACAAUAACAUCAAAUGACCUUGAAGAAAUACAAAAGUUUCUUGAAACUGCCGUCAACUCCAGUUGUGAAGGAUUGAUUAUCAAAACGUUGGAUAAGGAUGCUACUUAUGAGCCUUCAAAGAGGUCAAAUAACUGGUUGAAAUUGAAGAAGGACUACAUGGAUUGUAUUGGUGAUUCAUUAGAUUUGGUGCCUAUUGCUGCAUUCCAUGGCCGUGGAAAACGUACAGGGGUUUAUGGUUCUUUUCUUCUUGCUUGCUAUGAUGAACAAAAUGAAGAAUAUCAAAGUAUAUGCAGUAUCGGGACUGGGUUUUCUGAAUCUCAACUUGAGGAAUGUUCUAAAAGCCUUCGCAAUAAAGUAAUCCCUAAACCAAAGCCAUAUUAUCGUUAUGCUGACACAAUGAAUCCUGAUGUAUGGUUUGAACCAGCAGAGGUUUGGGAGGUGAAAGCAGCAGAUUUGAGCAUUAGUCCUGUCCAUCGUGCAGCUAGUGGCAUAGUAGACCCAAAUAAGGGUAUUUCUCUCCGAUUUCCUCGUCUUCAACGUGUACGAGAUGACAAGACCCCUGAUCAAGCAACUACUUCGGAGCAGGUUGCUGAGAUGUAUCGUGCUCAGAAAAUCAACCACACAAAUAAUCAAGAUGAUGACGAGGAUGACUGAGGAACCCAGAAUACUGUUGACCAAAGUUCUCUUAACGUGUUUCAAAUGGGUUCUCUUAAAGUCCUACAGCCCGAGAGUCAAACCACAUUACGAUGCAUUGAACAAUGGGAAAUAGUGAGAGAAGCAGCUCUUGUCAUGAUGUGUGCCCUGCCGCGGCUGUGUUAGGUAAAUAGUCUCUUCAGCCAUGGAUUAUGUGAUCUUUUCUUCGGACAAUGAAGUAUCCUUACAAGACAUGCAUGAUGUACUUGAUUUAUCUUGUUACUUAAAAUUACCCUCCAUCACUUACAUUUUCACUGUAACUGAUAAAAAAGCUGUCGUAGUGUAUCCUGUUUUUAA